CGACAAUCCAUCUUUGAAUUUUUAAGUCAACAUUUAUAUUAGAUCUAAUAAUAAAAUUUAGAAAUGUCAUAUUCUCAGGAAAAAUUCACUACAAAGUUAUUGGAACUAAAUGAGACUCAAGCUUCAAUUGUAUCAUUAUCUCAAUGGGUGUUAUUUUACCAUAGAUUUGCUUCAAUAACUGCCAAAACCUGGUCAUCUUGUUUGAACGAAGCUCCAAUUAACAAAAAAAUCAUUUUUAUUUAUUUAGCAAAUGAUGUUGUUCAACAAGCAAGAGCAAAACGUAAGACUGAAUUUUUAGAAAACUUUGGUAAGAUUUUGCCCAAAUCAAUUGAAAAAUCAUACAGUUCAGUACCUAGCGAUACCAAGAAAAAAAUUUUGAGAGUUGUUAAUGUCUGGAAGGAAAGAAAGAUAUUUAAAGAUGAAAUUUUAAAUGAUAUUACACAAAGAAUUGAUAAUAUUGAUAAAAGAAAUAAGAUAACGUUUUCCAGUAAUAAUCAUAAUUCAUUAAAUAAUAAUAAUAAUAAUAAUAAUAAUAAUAAUAAUAAUAAUAAUAAUAAUAAUAACAAUAAUAGUAACAAUAAUAGUAACAAUAAUAGUAACAAUAAUAAUAACAAUUACAAUAGUAGUAAUGGCAGUGAUAAUAUUGGCAAUAGUUUUGAUUUUAAUAACCCAAGUUUAAUUGAAAUUAAUAGGCUUUAUGGGACAAUUAACAAUAAUCAACUUGAAAUUGACUCAUUGUAUAAAAAUUUUGAUUUAGUUUACAACGAGUACUUUCAUGAAGAUGCCAAUUUGCCUGAACCCACGAUUUUUUUGAAUAAGAUUCAAGAAAUUUUAAAAAAAUAUAAAGAUUUUGAAAAAUCAUACUUGAGUAAUAUCAAAUUUCAAAAGACGUUAAUUUCAAACUUGGAGAACGUAAUUUCAAUGGAAAAAUUAAAAUUAAUUAAUUCCACAAGAUUCAAUCUAGCCAAAAUUUUAAAUGAGAAAAAAAUAGAUUUGAAAUUAAAGAAAUUGAAUGAAACUAAAAUAGACUUGGAACAAAUGAUUAUUGAAAAUAAUUCAAUUAAUGUUGAAAACAAGUCUGAAAAGAAUAAGAUUAAUUUGGAGGAUAUACGAAAAAUCAAGUUUGGCACCAGUAGUAAAAGUAUCAAAUUAGAAAAUAGUGGCAAUCUUAAAGAUGAUGACAUCCAGUUACCAAAAUAUGAUAAUGAUUCUGAUUCUGAUUCUGAUUCUGAAAAGGCUACAGCCAGCAAAAACGACCUAGACUUGGAUUCGGAUUCGGAUUCAGAUUCAGACUCAGAUUCAGAAAUGGAUUUAGAUUCAGAGACUGGUUCAAAGCCUGAUAAUGUAUCAGCUCCCAAAUCGGAAACAAAAAUAUCUUCCAACAAUGCUCUUGGAAUGCUGGUAGUAGAUAGUCAUCAUAAUAAUAGCGAUAAUAUAAAUAGUGCCAAUACUAAUAAUGCUGAUAAUAAUAAUGGCAAUAAGAAUAUUGAUAAUAAUGGCAAAGAUAAUCAAAUAAAUAACAAUAGCGAUAGCAAUGGCAAUAACAGUGACCACGAUGAAGACAUUGAUAAUAUUAAUCAUAUCCUUAAUAAUAAAAGGAAAAUAACGUCUUUAAAUGGUGAUCCCGACAAAAGUGAUGAAAAAUCAGCCGAAAAUAAAGAAACUGGCACACCAAGUGAAAAAGUUAAUACCGGCGACGACCUGAUAGAAACUUCUGCUAAAAAGCCAAAGAUUGAGGAUUCUAAGAACAGUACCCCGACCAGUAACAGCAGCAACGCCUUCAUACCAAGCAUAAUGCCCGGCAAUAUAAUCUCAGACAGAGAUAAUAAUGAUGAUGAUUUCAUGAAAUUGGCAAAACUAAUUGCUAAAAAUCAGAGUUCGACUCAGGAAACAACGAGCAAUAGAGAUGAUGGGUACAAUCCAACCGGAUCGACAAACACAACCAACAUGCCUUCGAACAGCUCUGUGAGUUUGGACGACUUGCUCAACAGGCUUUCGGGAUAAAUGUGGCACAAGUUGGUGGUUUUUAGUUGCUAGGUUUGCUUUGAGUGGAAGAUUGUGUAUUGUGUGAUGAUGCACCAAUUAGAGUAAUUCUGUAGGAUAUAAAGAAACACCGGAUCGGGCAGUAGCCGCGCAUCUCCUUCUAGUCUUGUGAAUAAAGCAGUUCUUUCUGUCUCGCCUUGGC